UUGUAGCUUUGAGAGACAGAGAGACAGAGAAAAGUCAGCGAAGGUUUCAAGCGGCCUGAUUAGAUCCCUGGACGACAAUACGUGGUGGGUACAGCACAAACAUUGGUUCAAAAUCGAAUGAGAAACCGAGGAACCUUCCCAUCCGAGCAAACAAACCCCACCACUUCAUCUCCUCAACUUUAGCCUAGAUCUUUAAUAAACCUCUACAACAUCCUUUUUCCAGAUAUUAGCUUUUCUAGAAGCUGCAGUUGAUUUUGUUUCAGCCUGUUUGUUUCCCUUUCUCUUCCGGCUCUCUCUCUCUUCCAUUUCUUCAUAUUCUUUGGUGGGGUGCGUUCCUUCUUCAAUAGAUUGAUGACUAUUAAGAUUCGGUAACAAAAGCCUUUUCCAAAGCGUGUUUGUCGGACUCGAUUCUGUACGGGGAGCUGGGAAGCACAUAUUUGGCUCAUUAUUGCAUCCCAUUUGGUCUCAUUAACUGACAAUGGGAAACAUAGUUCGAAAGAGUGGAUCCCCAAAAAAGGCUUGGAUGCCAGAAACACAACUUGAGGUCAAAAUGGUUGAAGCUAUGAAGCAGAGAGCAUCUGCAGGAAGUGCCACAAAAUCAUUCAACAGCAUAAUCUUGAAAUUCCCAAAAAUUGAUGAGAGCUUGAGAAAUUGCAAAGUAAUUUUUGAGCAAUUUGAUGAGGAUUCAAAUGGUGCAAUAGAUCAUGACGAGUUGAAAAAAUGUUUCCAUAAGCUGGAAAUUUCAUUUACAGAGAAGGAAAUCAAUGAUCUCUUUGAGGCCUGCGAUAUUAAUGAGGAUAUGGGUAUGAAGUUCAAUGAGUUCAUUGUACUUCUCUGCCUUGUCUAUCUUCUCAAAGAUGACCCGACUGCCCUUCUUGCUAAAUCACGCAUGGGGAUGCCUGAUCUGGAGGCCACAUUUGAAACAUUGGUAGAUGCAUUCGUCUUCUUGGACAGGAACAAAGAUGGUUAUGUCAGCAAGAGUGAGAUGGUAGAAGCCAUAAAUGAAACUACAUCAGGAGAACGUUCUUCUGGACAGAUAGCCAUGAAAAGAUUUGAAGAGAUGGAUUGGGAUAAAAAUGGAAUGGUGAACUUCAAAGAAUUUCUUUUUGCGUUCACCCGUUGGGUUGGAAUUGAUGAUAUGGAGGAUGAAGAAGGUGAGGAGGUCUGAAUUGAUAUAUUUGAGCCUCUCCAGCAUCUAUGCUUAUGAUGAAUGGUACUGAAGCUUCUCUAGCUGUUUAAGUUCAUUUGUAUUUUCUUUUCCAAUAAUAGUCAUGCCGAUAUAAAGAUGUAGUAUCGGAACUUACAUUUCUUAAAUUUUGCAUUGUACAUAGUCAAGAUAUAGAACCAGUGCAACUGUUUUCUGCUCUGGAUGAUUUAAAUGGUGAGAAGCAGUCAUGCAUGAAGGAGAGAGCCAGUUAAGGGAUAUUUGUUUGUUCCCUGCAUUUGUGGCUAGAGAAGUAUGGUUUUUUGAGAUAAUAAUAGAAUCGCAUUCGCAAA